UAAGGUUUAUCUUUUUACUUUGUUUUUGUUGUUAUUAAUCAUGUUCUUCUCUAAUCAAGCCUCUCAAGUUUUACGAGAUGGUGCCGCUGAAGAAAAAGGAGAGCGAGCGCGCUUGAUGAAUAUCAUGGGUGCUAUUUCCGUCGCUGACAUUGUAAAAACUACUUUGGGACCUAAGGGAAUGGACAAAAUCCUUCAAGGAAUGGAUCGAACUCAAAAUGUUAGGGUAACAAAUGAUGGUGCCACUAUUCUCAAGUCAUUGAUCAUGGACAAUCCAGCUGCAAAGAUUUUAAUUGAUAUGAGUAAUACGCAGGAUGAGGAAGUCGGUGAUGGAACUACUAGCGUUACUGUUUUAGCUGGUGAACUCCUUCGUAACGCUGAAAAACUUUUAGAUCAAUCAAUUCAUCCACAAACAAUUAUUGAUGGUUAUCGUAUGGCAAGUAUAGCCGCUCACGAGGCUCUUGCUGCUUCCACUGAGGACCAUGGUAACAAUAAAGAACUUUUUUAUGAGGAUCUUAUUCGAAUUGCUAAGACCACGUUAAGUUCUAAAAUUAUCACUGUGGAAUCUGACCACUUUGCCAAGUUAUGUGUUGAUGCUGUUCUUCGCCUUAAGGGGAGUGGGAACCUUGAGAUGAUUAAUAUCAUGAAAAAGCUUGGUGGUACGUUGCGCGACAGCUAUUUGGAGCCUGGAUUUCUUCUGGACAAAAAAAUCGGAAUCGGCCAACCUCGUUAUCUUGAAAACGCUAAAAUUCUUGUUGCCAAUACUCCCAUGGAUACUGACAAAAUUAAAAUAUUUGGAGCGAAGGUUGCUGUUGAAAGUGUUGCGGAGCUGGCCGAGGUUGAAGCAUCAGAGAAAAGCAAGAUGAAGGCUAAAUGUAUGAAGAUCAUAAAACACAACAUCAACUGUUUUAUAAACCGCCAACUUAUCUACAACUAUCCGGAAGAGAUUUUUGCACAGCAUGGCAUCAUGGCUAUUGAACAUGCAGACUUUGAUGGAAUUGAGCGCCUUGCGAAGGCUCUUGGUGCUGAUGUGGUUUCUACUUUUGAUGAAACCGCAAACGUCCAAUACGGUUUUGCUGAGCGCAUCGACGAAUUUAUGAUUGGAGAGGGAACCGUGAUACGCUUUUCAGGGCUACCGAAGGGUGAAGCGUGCACGAUUGUUCUUCGAGGUACGUCUCGCCACAUCUUGGAUGAAGCUGAGCGAUCGAUCCAUGACGCUUUGUGUGUCAUCUCCGAGACCAUCAAGGAGACACGUACUGUUCUUGGUGCGGGAUGUUCUGAGUUUUUAAUGGCACAAGCUGUUGAGGAGAAAGCUAAAUCGGUUCCUGGGAAGAAGCAAUUGGCAAUGCUAGCCUUUGCAACUGCUAUUCGAACCAUUCCCGCAAUUAUUGCUGAUAACGCCGGCCUUGACAGCAAUGAUCUGGUGACACGUCUGCAGGCUGCUCAUUUUAAAGGUGAUCGCUCCUAUGGGAUUGAUGUCAUAAAGGGUGAUAUUGCUGAUGUUAAGGAACUUGGUAUUACAGAAUCCUAUAAGGUAAAGAGUUCUGUCGUAGCAUAUGCAUCAGAAGCAGCUGAAAUGAUCUUGCGUGUUGAUGAAGUUCUCCGCGCUGUUCCUCGUCAACGCACACGAGAGUAA